ACUCUGCGCGCUCCAUCAAUUGUCUCGUCGUUCUCGAGUAUUACCUUCUGCUCACUAGUCCGCCUCUUAUACUCUGGAUGGCGUCCCACACUACUUUGUCAAAGGACGGCCACGGCGAUGUUGCUCCCGCACCAGACGAACUUAGUAUCGGGGAGAAGAGAGUAGUCAUUGACCACGGUAUGCGUCGACAGGCCUUACGCGCCAGCGGAGUCGGGUUAAUCCUCCUAAGCUUCCAAGCCCUCGGCAUUAUUUACUCUGACAUUGGUACCUCUCCACUCUAUGUGCUGAAUGGAUUGUGGUCUGCAUCUGGUCCUGUCCCGAGCAAGGAGGAUGUAAUCGGUGGACUCAGCGCUAUUGUGUGGUCGCUCACCCUCGUGCCUCUCAUCAAAUACGUCAUAAUUUGUCUUCGCUUUGGAACACACGAAGGCGAAGGUGGGACGUUCGCCUUGUAUCAAGGCCUUUAUCCGCCCAAAGCAUUUGAGACGGCUCCGACACGCGAUUCGAUGCUCACCGCAGGCCACAAAAUGGCGCUGAGGGCUCCGCAGAAACUGAGAUGGGUCUUGCUUGCUUGGUCGUUGUUCGGAACGGCUCUCACGAUGGCGGACGGUGUGUUCACUUGUGCUGUCUCGGUAACGAGCGCUGUUGGUGGAAUUGCUGUCGCCAAACCGUCUGUAUCGAGCGAUGUCACUCCUAUUUCAAUCGCUUUCAUAAUCGUCCUGUUCCUUGCUCAACCCCUCGGAACGAGUCGCCUUGGGUUUCUGUUCGCACCCAUCACGUUUGUGUGGCUUCUACUUCUCGCUGCGACCGGUAUCGUGAACAUCGUCACAUUCCCCGGAAUCUGGAGGGCAUAUGAUCCGUCAAGAGCCAUCGAAUAUUUCGUCCGCACUGGAAACUACGACCUCCUUGCCGGCGUCUUGUUGGCUGUGACCGGUUGUGAAGCCCUCUUCGCCAAUCUCGGACAAUUCAACAUGACCUCCAUCCAAAUAUCUUUUAUUGGCCUCGUCUAUCCCUGUCUCAUACUGGCAUACCUUGGUCAAGGCGCAAGAGUGAUCGCGGAUGGCGAAGCCGUGAUGUCAAAUAUCUUCUAUACGACUAUACCAGGGAGUUCGAAUGGGCCGUUGUUCUGGAUCAUGUAUGUGUUUGCGAUCCUCGCCACGCUCAUAGCGUCGCAGGCUAUGAUCACAGGGACGUUCAGUCUCACGCAGCAGCUCGUGAAUAUGAAGAGUCUGCCUCCUUUGAGGAUGAAGUCAACCUCAGAGACACUACAGGGACAAGUCUACAUUCCUGCUGUGAACUGGAUCCUCAUGAUCGCGACCAUCAUCGUCGUCGCCGCGUUCAAAAGCUCCGCGCAAUUGACCAAUGCAUACGGAUUCGCAGUGUCGACAGUUAUGUUCUCUACUACGGUCCUCAUAGCCAUUCAAUGCCGCUACGUGAAACAACUGCCUAUCAUCGUAGGACUUGCGUACUUCGUCUUCUUCGGCUUCAUUGACGGUUUGUUCUGGGGUGCAGCGCUGAAGAAAGUGCCAGAGGGAGCUUGGGUCCCGCUCAUGCUCGGUGCAAUCCUAUGGAUCCUCAUGUUCUUCUGGACUUGGGCCAAAGGUCUCGAAGAACGAUUCGACGGAGCAUCCCGUCGUACUCUCGACCGAUUUAUCAGCACUUCGUCUUCCACCCACGGCCACGAGAAACAGGCGAAUCCCCAUACCUCAAACGAAAAUGGCAACUCCAACUCGGUCCAGUACCCCAUACAUCCCGAAACGCGCUUCGGUGUUAUGAACGAAGAUGAGGGACACGACGAGAUGUUGUUGAGGGACGUGACGUAUUAUUGUACUGUAGGCGGCGCCGAUAUGGAUGGAGAUGAUGAGAAGAGGGAGUUGGGAAGGUUGCCUGUGCUUGCUGUUUUCCAUAGAAUGACGCAUGAGAGGGGGGUACCACAUUCGUUCGUUAGUUUCAUUAGAUCUUGGCCUGCUUUGCCUAGGGUCGUGGUGUUCUUGUCGGUCCACACGCUUCCCAUUGCCCGAGUCGACGCAGAAGACCGGUAUGUCGUGGAUAAGAUCGAGUCGGUCUCUGGAUUCUACGGCGUCUCAUGUUACCUGGGAUUCCGGGAAGAGUUCCAACUCGAUGUUAGCGAGGUCGUAAAACGCAUAUGCGCAAUCGAGUCCCGGUCGAGUCCGAAGCUGGCGGAGGAGCAGAUCAAGAACGUGAAUAGUGUGGCUAGCAGUUUCACGCAUGUUAUUCCGCACUACGAAGUCCUCAGUCGCCCUAUCGAAGGCGGUCGACUGUCGCCCAUAGUCAAUUACGUGAGGAAAAUGCUCAUCGAAGAUGUGUAUGCGAGGUUGUGUGUUAUGUUCCCGGAGACGGUAAAUUGGCUUGGGUCGCCGGAUGAGAUCAUCCGGAUCGGUGUGAACGCUCGGAUAUGACGGGAGGUUACGAUGCGUGUCUUUUGCACCGACAUUUACUGUUGGAUGCCGGACUUGAUCAAGUUUUUUUUCUUCUGGUUCUGUGGGCGAUUUGUUGUAGAGAAUUUUAUACGCCAGAUGUACUAGCAUUGACGACUUCAUUUAUACAAUAAGUAUUGAAAC